UUUAUGCAAAUGCAUGUGAUCCUGGAUAUUAUCAGGAAGAUGUUUGCAAAAGAUGUGAGCAUGAAGGCUGCAUUUGCAGUAAUAAAUAUAAUUGUCUAGCAUGUUUCGAAGGAUAUUACAAGAAUAACUAUUUAUGUACCCGCUGUCCUUAUAAUAUAGACAAUAACUGCACCGAUGAGUGCUCUCCAAACUGUGCUACGUGUUCUGAUGGAAACUCUUGCCUCAUAUGCAAACCGAGUAGGUAUGGUGCGUUAUGUGAGUUAACUUGCUCUCAAGGGUGUAUUGGACUAUCAUGUGAUAGCAUGAACGGUACUUGUAGCUGUAAUGCUUACUUUACAGGAGUCAAAUGCGAUCAGUGUGUGCAUGGAAGAUACGGUUCUUCAUGUUCAAUGGUUUGCUCAAAUGGAUGUGUCGGCGCAAUUUGUAACAAAUUGGACGGAUCGUGUACUUGUAACACAAACUUUUCAGAAUCAAAAUGCGAUCAGUGUGCACCUGGACGGUACGGUGUUUCAUGUGAAUUGGCUUGCUCUCAGGGAUGCGAUGGGAUAUCAUGUAAUAAAAUGGACGGGAAGUGUAGCUGUGCUGCUCUCUUUACAGGACCCCAAUGCAACCAGUGUGUGCUUGGAAGAUACGGUUCGUCAUGUGCGAUGAUGUGCUCCAAUGGAUGUGUCGGUGGAUUAUGUAACCAAAUAAAUGGAACAUGCAGUUGUUUGGAACACUUUUCUGGAAUUAAAUGUUAUCAGUGUGUACAUGGACGUUACGGCGCGUCAUGCGAAUUAAUGUGUUCUGAAGGAUGUGAUGGUCAAACGUGUAAUCGAUUUGACGGGACGUGUAAAUGUAUUGCAAACUUUGACGGAUCAAUAUGCGAUCAGUGUGUACCUGGAUGGUACGGUUUAUCUUGUCACAAACAGUGCUCAGAUGGCUGCAUCGCCGGCACAUGUAACAAAAUUGGUGGAAGUUGCAAGUGUUUGGUCAAUUAUUAUGGCGAUAACUGUGACCAUUGUGUCACCGGCAUGUAUGGUAUCUUUUGCGAAAAGACAUGCAGAGUAAAUUGUUUAACAUGUAAUGAGACCGACGGAAUGUGCUUAUCAUGUUCAUCAAAGCAAAAAUUUGGAUUUACUUGCGAUUUCGAAUGUAGUAAGCAUUGCAUUAACCAGUCGUGUUCCAUAACUGGCGACUGCAAUAUGGGAUGUGCUACAAACUUCUACAGUAAGAAGUGUGAUAUCCUGUGUCCCGAAACGUGUGCUGAUGUCGGGACUGGAUCAAGAUGUUCCCAAGAAAACGGCGUUUGUAAGAAUGGCAUAAAAGAGAGAACAGCAUUUGAAACUGGUACACUGGAAAACAAGUCGGUGGAAACUGCUGGAAUUGUAGGUGGAGCGGCAGCCAUUGUUAUUGCGGGAUUGAUUCUGGCUGGAGUUCUGGUGUACAUCCGCACAAGACGCAAUCAACGGCUCCAAUCCUCGGAAUAUGAAACAACCCAAGUUCGUUCGAACGAGGCUACAGAUUUUCAUGUAUAUGCUGGACUCAACGAAAGAUAACACGUUUUACAGAUCCUACGAACCAGAUAUUAAAUAGCAAAACAGAAGAGGACAUCAUAACUCUUGGAGUCGCAAGAAUUUCUGGUCAAAAUUCUGUUCAGAGCGACCGCCAAUAACGCUCAACAAAAACUUAUUAUGUUUAUGGUAUUAAUAUGUAAACUAUAGCCUUUUUUAAAAUUAAGAUAGACCGUUCGACUUAAUAAAACGCGUUAUGCGACUGUAUAAUGUAUUAGAAGACUUAAACAAAAUGCCGUCCAUACUCUGACAUUUAUUUGACGUUUAAUUUAUUUGCAGUUGUCUAAAAAAGUAAAUUUAAAUCCCCAUGUUAACAUAUUAUAAAAACGUUUUAUAUAAUGCUUUAUCGCAAUCCCUGUGUGCAUUUAGAUCUUUGUUUUGUUUUUAAGCCUUAUAGUAGUAUUUAUCAGUGAUUUGUACAAAAUUAUUUUACGACAAAAUGCUCGUGCGCCGCGACUUGCACUCAUGACCACGACGCACUUUUGCGAAGAACUAAAGCGGUUGAAGAUGACUUUAGGUAUUUAUGGUGAUAUUUUUAUUUUCGGAACCAUGUACAUUUAUGUUGCAACAUUACACAACGACUUAGCUAUAUGUUUAUGUACAUGAUAUAUUGUUUUAUUAAUUUGUUAUUUACGCUUCAUUUUUGAUAAUUGUAAACAUACAUUAUAUUGUAAUAUUAUAUUAUCCUGAAAACCAAUAAUUAUGUGUAUAUGUUAUAUAUGCAUUAUUUUGCAGCAUGUUAGAUGUUUGGUUAUUACUGUAUUUAAAACUUACCAAAUAAUUUUUUAUUAUACCUCACAAAAGCAUCUCCGAAACGUGUUUAUUUAUAAAGGAUAUCAGCGAAACGCAGUUCGCAUACAUAAAAAAUACACAACAUGUUUAAUAUGAAAAAGUAGAUACACUUUCCUUUUCGUAGCCACUGGAGACGACAUGACCCGAUUAAACCUUACUUUCACAUUACAAAUAUACUCGUAUAUGAUUAUAAAAUCUAUAUGUUAAAUUAACUAUGAAAACAUGUAUUGCUUAUUAAAGGGGUAUGAUCGUUCACUGACCAUCAAACUUAUUCAGGUAGGAAACCUGCGUCUGUAAUAAUGCCUAGCUCAGUCGAAACAUGACAUCAUACUAGUCAGGGCAUGACAAAUUAUUGAACAGCCUCUAAGUCUAAAAUAGAAACUACCAAAAUUAUCUUACAAAGUCACAUUACCCGAGUUUAUACCCAGUCACCAAUCAAAUCAUGUUUGGUAAAGUAAAGACGUCUGUGUUCUCCGAUAUACAUUCUUCAGUUGAAAAAAACAACAACACAUAUUCGCGAGUAAAAUAAUACGAUGCUGGCGGUUCAUACUCCAUUCAACAUGUUCUGAAUCUAACGUACUAAAUCAGUCAUAUUCUAUCUUUAUUAAAGCUUUAAAAAACACAUUAUGAAUUCAUAGUUGUUUAAUAAUGCUUUUUAUACAUUUCAAUUAUAAACAUUUUGUGUCUAAAUAAAUAAAAAAA